UAAAAAUUAAAAUAUGGGGUGAGAAAAACCCCAAUGUUGUGAUUGGGUACAUCUACCUGUCCACAAUGAAUUGGCAGAGACACUCCGAGGAAUAAGAAUAAGGACAGGGUCACAGUCCACUACCUGUUCAGUUCCCUGUUAUGGUUUCCACUUCCUCAACUGAGGAUUGAAGAGGAGGAAUAGCACACAAAUUACCAUUCCACACUCCUUUAACCCAAAAUGCAGUUUCCCUCGCCAGUUUCAGCAAGAGUUCUUGUCAUCCUAUCAAUUAUUAUUCCAAGUUUCAUGAAUGUAUCAGUUGCUGAUGAAGGGUUUUGUUCAGCGCCUUCGAAUUCCGACAGCUAUUCGAACUCGGGACAUAUGUACUGGAAAGUCACGAAUCCUACGCUGGCUCCUUCUCAUCUUGAAGACUUGCCGGGCUUCACUCGCAGUGUGUAUAAAAGAGAUCAUGCUUUAAUCACGCCUGAAAGUCAUGUAUUCAGCCCUUUACCUGAGUGGACCAAUACACUGGGAGCAUAUUUAAUCACACCAGCUAUGGGCUCACACUUUGUAAUGUACCUAGCAAAUAUGCAAGGAAAUUCAAGGUCAGGGCUUCCUCCAUAUGAUGUCGAGAGGUUCGUAUUUGUGGUUCAGGGCACUGUGACACUCACUAAUGUAUCUGAUGUCAACCACGAACUGAUGGUGGAUUCAUAUGCUUAUCUACCACCUAAUUCUGAACAUUCCAUUUCAUGUGAUGCAUCUGCUACUCUUGUUGUAUUUGAAAGAAGGUAUGCCUCUCUGAAAAAUCAUAUUACUGAGCAGAUUGUUGGUUCAACUGUUAAGCAGCCGCUUCUUGAAACUCCCGGUGAGGUUUUUGAACUCAGAAAGCUUCUCCCCACAUCCGCACCUUAUGAUUUUAAUAUCCAUAUCAUGGAUUUUCAACCUGGAGAAUUUCUUAAUGUGAAGGAGGUCCACUACAAUCAGCAUGGUUUGUUACUCUUAGAGGGCCAGGGAAUUUAUCGCUUGGGUGAUAGCUGGUACCCAAUUCAAGCAGGUGAUGCCAUUUGGAUGGCACCCUUUGUGCCUCAAUGGUAUGCUGCACUUGGCAAAACCCGGUCACGCUAUCUGUUGUACAAAGAUGUAAAUAGGAAUCCACUGUAACUAAAUGUUUCAUGAAGUAUGUCCAUAUAUUGCAAUCCUAUGAUUCCAACAAUGGUGGAUCAAUUUCUGAUGCAGUGCAUUAUGUUUCAUAGAUAAGAACCAUCCUGACGUUGAAAGGAUUAAUUACAUAAGCUUUUUAAUAUGUGGAAAUAUUUGCUAA